GAUUGAUAAUGCAGGCAACACCGUUCUUGUAUCAUUGGAGAAGGGGUGGGGCUGCAUCCAAAAUGUAAUAAAUCAAUGCAGCAAACAUUUACAUUUGAUUUGAAAAUUCAAACCACUUUAGGUUUGUUUCUAUGUGAAUAAUGGCUUUGACAGUUUCUUAUCUGAAUGCCUUCAUAUGCUAUGUACAUAGAAAAUGAAAUGUCUUUUAUCUUCUUUUAGUGCUGAUGAAAAUCGUUCCCAAGAUCCAAGUGCCAAAGUAACAGAAGAUAGUCUUUACUACUCAGGGAUGCACAGUGACAGCAGUAUUAAGUUUGUCACCCUCUAUCAACGCGAAAGUUGUCUGGACAGCCUGGAUGCCGCUGCAGACUCUGAAAAGCCCAGUACCUCCAAACAAGGGCUUAACAUGCUGAAGAAGUUCCCGUCCGCACCGUCCAAAGUGUUUUUGAGAUCCAAUGCCAGUAUUCCCAAACCUCCCUCUCCCUCAAGCUCUGAGGACAAAGGCUAACACUUCUACACUUGA